CAUAAUUGGGGCAAAAGAAGAGCCAAUGAUAUUAAUAAAUGCAGGAAAACAAGCAGGAAUCGCCUGUGCUUACAAGAGCGCACCAACACGUGAACUGAUCUAGCCCAACCAAAACAAUAUGUAUCAGAUUGGUACAGUGGCACGAGAAAUGUGAAAUUACAGUUGCACGGAAAAUUUGAAAUCAGUGCCGGAUUAUCGAAGGAACCGGAUUACAGGUAGAUGGAUUAGUGAAGGUUGACUGGACAGUAGUCUGCACUACGACAUUUUGUUCCAUGCCAUUGUUUUGUGCUGUGUUGUAUUUAUUAUUGCCAUAUGCACUGCUUACUCUGUGAAUGACAAGAAAUGUCAUUGCACCUGGUGUAUAUGACAAUAAACUGAUCUGAAUCAGAAUGCUGUGGGUAGAAUGAAAAGCCAUCAAUAUAGUCAGAAUAAACAGGUUUUUGAUGGUCAACACCAGCUAUGUUGGCCGAAGGGCCUGUUUCCGUGCUGCAUGACUCUCUAUUUUCAAAUUCUGCAGAUAAUUGAAAGUUAGCAGGAGAUUCCAGAAAGGCAGAUGUACUGCAGAUACAUAACCGAUGACAACCAUUCGGGACGAUCCUGAAGACCCACAGUCAACACAAGAGUAACUUCCUUCCCUCCGCCAUCAGAUUUUAGAAUGGUCUAUCAGCCAACGAAUACUGUCUCUUACAAUGUUUUUUUUUAUGAUUUGCAUUGUAUUCCUGCCGCAAAGCAACACACUUCACGACAUAUGUCAGUGAUAAUAAACUAUUCUGAUAUGAGUGUGAAACGAUGCAUUUGGAAGGAAAAUGAGAUGACUUAAUAUAUAUUAAAGAGUGUGUACAGGGAUUAAUGUUCACAAAUUAUUGACCAUGGCACGAGAACUUGACUUAAUACGUGUCCCAGAAUUAUAAACAGAGAGAAAGCGAGUGAAUAAUGGUAAACCUUUAGGAACUGGUUAGAACUCAGAGUAUGAUAGAAAAUUGCGGGUACCCUUUACUUUAUAAGGUCUUCGGCGCGGUUACGGUUAUAUUUAUAAUAUUUAUAUCAGGUAUGACGAAACACCAUAAUGUGAAGGGGCCGUUAUUUCUUUACAAAUAGGGUGACGGGGAGAUUUAAUGGUCCUCUUUCAAAUAAGAUCGUGCAGACAGAGAAUAUAGGGUUAACUAUUCUAACUCGCGGACCGGUCGGCAAUCAGAGCUCACGGAAGGCUAAUUACAAAAUAUUAUGUAGGAAGGAGGUGAAACUUUUUUUUAUUGCAGUGCACGCUCUAAAUAGUGGGGAAAUGGAUGCAUACUCUCAAAAAGUAAAAUGCAAAGAAAUGUGAAGUGCAAGGGAGAGGCAAAGAGUGAACGAAGAAUGACCUCCUGUGCUGUAAGAUUCUACACGAUAUAGUGGUUGUCCAAUGAAUAUCUAUGGACACAUUCCUUGGGUUAUAAAUGGUUAGCGGACCCUCGGAACAUCUCCCACUCCAGACAGCAACAUCCGCAGUGCAAGCCUCUCCGUCAAUCCAACUUCACUCCAAUUAAAAUCCCGCCCCCUCCGCAAGCUGAUUGGCAGUCGACGUCACUGCAGUCGCGUCACCGCCCGUCAGCGUUCCAGCGAUUGGCUGCGAGCGGCUGCCACUCACGGCGGCCUGGUUGAGUUGUCUCUGGGGCUAGGCCCAUUGACAGUCGUUGUGACGGGUGGUCAGUGGAGUCUGGUUCUGUCUAUCACUUACGGGCUCCGGGCCGUCAUGCUAGCGGCCGGGGAGGACACGCGGUGCGCCGGCGUUGCCGCCCCCUUGCAUUUACAAGGCCUCAACGACGCCCGGGCGGAGCUGAAUUAGCAGGGUAGCGGGCCGCGGGCGGCGAGGCCUCGGGGACAGCUGCUAGGGGAGAGCACCCGGGUCAAGCGAACGAUUGGCAGGAGCCCCGGCUUGGGCCCACUGGCCCCGGGCUAGGGGGCCGCCCGCUUGGGUGUCUGCAUCUCUCCAACGUCACUCCCCCCACCUUCCUUCCGGCCGGCGCUGCGGAUCCUUUAACCAUUCAUAUUCAAAGCAACGACGACGAGUUGUGUUACUGCUCCACCAUUGACCCAGAUAUCUCUUGGAGAGCAGUCGGUAAUGCAUUGAAAGUCAUGGAUCACCUUGUAAAUACUGGAACCCAAACAGAUCCUGUUGUGAUACUAAAUUUUGCACAAGCAGUUACUUUGGGCCUUGUUGGUCAGAAUGGUCUUUUGAAUUUUCCAUUCAAAGAGAAUGGAAUUUAUCAUAUACCAGAUGCACCAGUUAAUGAGAGUACUGUACUUGAGCAUCUCACACCAGAGCAAAGUCCUGGACUGGAUGUGAUUAAUACUUCAGAAUGUUAUGAACAACACGAGGAGGAAAGUUUAGAAGUGGAGAAUGGCUUUAUACCUUUUGAAAGACAAGCUAGGAGAAGAAAAAGGCAGCCAGUGAAGUUAGUACAUGCUGAAAAAAAUGAUGAGAAUUGCAAGGAAGAAACUGUUGAGGAGGAGUACAAUGCAGGGAAUCAAUCCAAUACUGUUCUGUAUAGAAAUGGAAUAAAAAUGAUUGACAUUAGUAACUUCAAAAGGAAACAUCUACACCGCCCUCUUCGUGAAAGGACUCAAGAAGUUCAAGUUGUUGCCUUUCCUCCAGCUUUUAAGGAAAACCUCCACUGCAACUCUUCUGACCAACAGGAAAAGAUUGGCACUGAAGGGGAAAAAAUAAUAAGCAGCUAUUUUGAGACAAACAAAUCGGCAAACUUAAGCCAAAUGGUAGAACAAUUUCCAGAGGAGUCAGUCACUCAGAAUCGUAACUUUGUGUGGCAGGGCCAAGUGCCAUAUGAAGUGGAGGUGUCUGCUCCACAACCGGAGGAUCGAAACAGAAGAGCACAGAUAGAUCGUUUGGAUAUUAAUGUACAGAUUGAUGAUUCGUAUUGUAUUGAUGUUGGGGAAGGGCAGAAACGAUGGCAGUGUCGAUUGUGUGAAAAAUCGUACACUUCUAAAUAUAACUUGGUUACUCACAUAUUGGGCCACAGUGGUAUUAAACCUCAUGAAUGUCAACACUGUCACAAGCUUUUUAAGCAGCCAAGUCAUUUACAAAUGCAUCUUCUCACUCAUGAAGGCAUACGGCCACACAAAUGUGAGGUAUGUGACAAAGCCUUCACACAGACUAGCCAUCUAAAAAGGCACAUGUUACUGCACACUGACAUCAAACCUUACAGCUGCAGAGUUUGUGGGCGUGGGUUUGCCUAUCCAAGUGAGUUGAAAGCUCAUGAAGCAAAGCAUGAAAAUGGCAGAUGUCACGUUUGUAUUGAAUGUGGCUUAGAUUUUGUGACACUCCUUCAGCUAAAAAGGCACCUUGUUGCGCAUCAAGGUCCCACACUAUAUGAAUGCACAGAGUGCAACAAAACUUUCAGUUAUCGGAGUCAACUCCAGAAUCAUAUGAUGAAACAUCAAAACAUCCGGCCGUAUGUCUGCACUGAAUGUGGUAUGGAAUUUACUCAACCUCAUCAUCUGAAGCAGCACUCGCUUACACACAAGGGAGUUAAGGAGUUCAAAUGUGAAGUGUGUGGACGAGAAUUUACCCUUCAAGCAAAUCUGAAGAGGCACAUGUUGAUUCAUACCAGUGUGCGAGCUUAUCAAUGCCACAUCUGUUUUAAAACUUUUGUGCAGAAGCAGACUUUGAAGACCCACAUGAUUGUUCAUUCACCUGUCAAACCAUUUAAAUGUUUGUGGUAAAGAAUUCAAUCGGAUGUACAAUCUCCUGGGUCACAUGCACCUCCAUUCCGACAGCAAGCCUUUCAGGUGUCCGUACUGUUCAAGCAAGUUCACCCUCAAAGGGAAUCUAAGCCGGC